GAAAUCCGCCUCAUUCCUGAAAUCUCUGAUGCCAGAAUUUCUCUCAAUUCACUCCCAAACACAUUUAUAAUACAUUUCUCAACCACCUGAAGCACUUCUAACAACAACACCAUCCUUUAUAAAGACAUUUCCAAUAUCAGAUGACAUUGGCAUAACUGAAGAUACAUUCUCAUUAUUUAUCAUCUUUUAAAGACCAAAAUAUUGUACAGAACAGAUGUAUAAGAUUGUUUCUGAAAAUGUGUCGUAGAAUUCCACUUUGAAAUGUGUUCUUAGCAAACUUUCUGGACUUCACUGGCUGGAGUGUCUACAAGAUGUGUCUGUGUGGAAUUUAAACUUGGAUAAAUUUACUGGACAGAAAUACAGCAGUUGAAAUAUUUGUAAACAAAACAGUGUAGAGGCAAAGAGAAGGAAAAAAUAUAUCUAUUGUGAUUUUCAAAGAAAUAAAAUGGAAAAUAGUGAGGAACCGAAGGAUUUGACUUUUCUAGAAGACAAAGUGAAGAAGAGACGUAUAUUGUCACAUAAACGUGAUGUCUGUAAAAAGUCCUUCUCUGAAAAGGGUAACUUGAAUAAGCAGAAAUGUAUUCAUACAGGUGAAAAGCCAUUUCACUGUGACAUUUGUGGUAAAUCAUUCUCUACAAAUAGCAAAUUGACUAUACACAAACGUAUUCAUACAGGAGAGAUGCCAUUUCACUGUGAAAUCUGUGGUAAAUCAUUCUCUCAAAAAAUGGAGUUGAUUUCACACCAACGGUUCAUACAGGAGAGAAGCCAUUUCACUGUGACAUCUGUGGUAAAUCGUUCUCUCACAGUAGUACUUUAACUGAUCAUAAACGUAUUCACACAGGAGAGACACC